UAAAAAAGAAAUCGGAUGCCUCAUUUUGUUUCCCUCUUCAGUUUACCCAUAUUAACAUUGUUUUUAUUUGGUUACUCUGACAAGGGAGAAGAUGUCAACCGGACACUAGAAGGUGGAAGGAAGCCUCUUCAUUAUGCAGCAGACUGUGGACAGCUUGAAAUCUUGGAAUUUCUGCUGCUGAAAGGAGCAGAUAUUAAUGCUCCAGAUAAACAUCAUAUUACCCCUCUUCUGUCUGCUGUCUAUGAGGGUCAUGUUUCCUGUGUGAAAUUGCUUCUGUCAAAGGGUGCUGAUAAGACUGUGAAAGGCCCAGAUGGACUGACUGCCCUUGAAGCCACUGACAACCAGGCAAUCAAAGCUCUUCUCCAGUAAUGGAUGGAUGGAUGGACUGAUAAUUUGGGAAGAAUGACUCUCCUGUGGCCUCACACUGCUGCCUGUCUGUCUGUCACUUUCUAUCUGCCAGCUUCUUCAGCUAAAUACUUUAAGAGGGGUGAGGGGGGAGAGAAAUUCGGAACAAAGCAGACUACCAUGGGGGGGACUUGUUUUGGAGGAGCAGUGGGGAAUGUGAUCGGGCUUUUAGUGGGAUUCCCGAUCAAACCAGCCUCUUUUCCAUUUCUAGUAAAAUAGACAGCUUAUACCCAAGGGAGAGCAAAAAUAGUGUAUGGGAAUCCUUGGACCUUCUCAGCUCCCGAGUUAAUUUAUUCAUUAGUGUGUGGAAGGUCUGACUGUACAAGGCCAACUCUACUUAUUGGGUAGCCCUAGCUGUGAACAGUAGUGGCUGCUGUUACCAACUUAGGGUGCUGAGAUAAGCAAUUAGCUACAGCCUUCUGCCUUAAGAAUGCACUCUCCUGGGGGUUCCUGGCUAGGUAAGAGCGCUGCCUAUGGUUAGUGACCAAAAUCUUGAAUGACUUUAAUCUUUAUGUGAAAGCUCAGAUAAGUGGCACACCCCUAAAUUGAUGGACAGCUAAACUUUGGAUUUUCUCUCCCCUUUCACAUGAAUUUUAUGUCUCUUUAGAUAAAACUGACUAGUUUUAUUUAUAAAAUGUUAAAUUCUAGGAGCCUAAAGGAGGAAUCAUUCCAGUAUGCUUAUUUCUUUUUUUUCUCCUUUAGUCUCAGACAUUUAUAUAACAUUGAAACACUUUGAGACUCCUACUGGUAGUAAAGGGAGAUUUAAAAAUAAAAUCAUAGCCAUAAGCGUGUUAGUAUCUUAUAAAGAGAGAACAGUUGUCUUAGUACUUACGGAUUUUCUUCAUUUGCUAUUUGAGUGAAUCAGCCUUAGUUUUGUUUGGAAAAUGAAGAAUAUUCUUUGGAAUGCCUCUCUUAAGACCCACCAUGGAUGCUGAUUUUGUAGUGCACCAAAGCUAUCACUGGGGUGAGAUGUACUAUUUGGAUAGAUGGAACCUCGUCCCUUCAAAAACCUGCUUGUUUGUUACCAGGUUUCCCUGAGUUGUUGAUUGACUCUUAUUGGGCCAAAACGACCCCACCUGCCUAAUGUUUUUGUUUCUCUUACAAUCAUGUGUUGCAUACAUGUGACAACUUCACAGUACAUUCUGUGUUCUUAGAAUACAGUGCCCUAAAAUGGUGUUCUGAGGACCUGCCUGUAGAAAAUUUAGACUUAUCUCUAAAUUUUAAUUCAUGAACAAUAAAAUGAAUUAAAACAUACAACCUUAGAUUUGAUAUCUUAUAUUUAAAGUAUUAAGAUUUCUUUGACUUGCCAUCCACACAGGCUUAUAAAAAUUAUUAUAGUCUUUCCUUAACCAAGUCAUGCAAUAAUUGAAUGUACCUCAAAUUUUUAAAGGGUGGGUGGGAUAGGGACUUACAUUCAAAUUAUGGGUAAUUAGAAAAAAUGAUUUUUUUUUUUUUUAGGGCAAUGUAGCAUUCUAUAGCGGGGUUAAACUAACUAUUACCAAGAACAGUCAGCCUGACUAAAUAACUAUCGAUCAGUUGAUGGCUGGUUGGUGUGUGUGUGUGUGUGUGUGUGUGUGUGUGUGUGUUUUCCCCCAUGAACUCUUUUUUAUCCUGUGGCUUUUUCACUUUCAACUAGCCUGACCCUGUAAUUUUUCUAUGUCCAAGAAAACAAUCACAAAACAGUAGUUUAAAUACUUUGGUAUAUUGGCUAACUCUGCUGUCUUAAUGCAACCUACUAGAGUUGGACAUCCUGAUAGUAAGUGGGGGCACUCAGUCUGUAGCUAUCAUGUAAUGCACCAGGGUGUUCUGAAACCUUUGUUCUCACCUCUUGGCAUACUGCUGUUUCAAAGGCUUGAAUUUUAACCCUUUACAGAAUUGUCAUUUUUUUCUUUCAAAGUGUUUUGUUACAGUUGGCUAUUACAGAGAGUAUAUUGUCUUAUCAUUCCUAAACUUGGGUCUGCUUUCUACAGUCAUUAUGGUACUGAAACCAUACGAUCCCUUGUACAGUUUAUCCUUGUGUUCCUUGUGAUGCAGUAGAGGCUAUUUUGCCUUCCCCCCUUUGUUGGCCAUUUUGUAAACCCAUAGCUAUGAAGCAAUUGCUUGAGAAAAUAGCAUAUAAACAUAGAGUAAGAUAGACUGACCAGGAUGGUUUACAGUUUCUUUUAAAAAAAAUAAAAUAAAAUAAAAUAAUAAAAAGUAAACUAGGUUAUUUAUAAUGUAUUUCUGAACCACUUGGCAGAGAAAUUCAUGACACUUAAUGUUAAUAUUUUUGAAUAAAGAAAGCUAAAAUGUCUGCUUUUGGUACUACACGCAUUAAUAAAAGGUUAAGUUUUGUUUUCCACUGAAAUACUAUUUAACAUCUCAGAAAAAACCUGCAUGUUCUAUAGUUUUGUAUCAAAUCCAUCAUUUCAUAUGCACUGUAUCAAAACAGGUAAUUUACCUUUUGAUGGUUAGUGUUCUGAUACCCCCCACAGCUUCACGCCGGCUCUGUAGAUUUGAGUUCUAUCUACUACAGCACUUGCAUAUCCCAGCUCACUUUGUACAACCAGCUGGGCACAGAAGAAAGGCAGUAGCUGCAGCAUGUGGAAGCCUUCUAGUCAUUUCUUUGCCUGGGUAAGGGAGCUUCAGUUUAUGUGUACUUGACUUUUUUUUUUUUCAACUUCAGCUCAGCUGCUGUUUCUUCAUGUAACAUUGUAUACUGGUUCUGUAUAGAAGAAGCUGGUAAGAGUGCCCUCCUACCUAAAUAAGCAAUUGCAGUGUUUUGCAUGCAAAAGUUGAAAAUUUCAAUUGUCCUGAUUCUAUUUUGUAAGUGGAGAAACAAUCAAUCUUUCUAGGCAGUAUGGAGGAAGACUAGUGCUUUGUGCAUUUUUGGUAUAUUUGAGUUCAUGGUUCCACAGCAUCGUCAUUCCUUUGACACAGUUGGGUUUCUCAUAAGUAUCCUAGUUCAUGUACAUCCGAAUGCUAACUAAUACUGUGUUUAAGUUUCGUGUUGCAAGAACAAAUGGAAUAAACUUGAAUUGUGCUACAGA